UGGAAUGCUGGGAUAUCUGUCAUGGCCGCCAUUGUAUGGAAGGAAACGCAGUUUUCUCCCUCGUGAUUUUGGCCAGAUUUUUGCGGUGCUAGCGACUCUAACGUCGCCAAAAUUCUCCCGACGUAGGCCACGAGAACUUAACAGAUCAAGAUGUCUGCCUAUGAUUACGGAGAUGUGUGUGAUAUGGAUAUAUCGGACAGUGAAGACUCUCCAGGACCCAUGAUGCCGUCAGACCCAGGGGGGUCCCCCCCUCCACUCCCGACUGGACCUCCCCCCAGGCAGUCACAGCCACCCCCUCCACCAGUUCAGGAAAUCACAGCAAGACAAGGGGGGAACACUGGCGCUGGUACAGGCCCAGGUAACUUCUCCAAGCCUGCCGGUUGGUCAGACCUGCCCAAAGAGCUGAUGAAGUUAGGCUGGCGGAAACUGUGGAGCAAACAGAAACAGCGCCCAUACUUCUUCAACAAGAAAACCAAGAAGGCUACAUGGAAGAUGCCAGAAAUACCUCAGAAGGACUCCAGUGCAAUCUCCAGUCUGAUUGACGCCUAUGGGUCAUCAGAUGAGGAGGAGGAGGAAGGCAGGCAGAGUAAGAGGAAAGGAAAAGCAGUUGCCGCCCCACCUGAGAUGCUGAGACUCGUGGUGCUUCAGUCAACGGCCGUCAGGUCCGGGACUCUAUUCACUACCGGGAGGGGCAACGCCAACAUUGGACGGCUCAACCAACCAAUCACCAUCCAGGAGGUCGCUGUGAGCAAGGUCCACUCAGAGAUCCAGUACAACGAGAAGACUCACCAGUUCAUGGUGCGAGACGUGGGCAGUAUGAACGGCACCUUCCUGAAUGGCACCAGGCUAGCACAGCCUAAGAAGGUCAGUGGCCCAUUCCCCAUCAGCCAUGGUGAUGAGCUGAAGGUGGGGAACACGGUGAUGCAGGCACACGUCCACCCCGGCAAUGACAGCUGCUUUGACUGCAGACAGCUCACAGAUGUCCUGCUGGGCAGUAGGAAAGAGGAAAUGGUCAGGGAGAGACCAAGAAUGGACUACAGUGGGCAGGAGUAUGGGGCAGCGCCCCCUACAUGGGAAGCUGCGUCAGUGCAGGGAUAUCGCGGUAACGCAGGUGAAGAGGACCCAGCUGAGAGUCUGAAGCGCCAGGUGCAGCAGGCACUUGAUGCACUAAAAGCACCUCCAGAAGUGCCACCUAGCGCUCCUACAUUUGAACCGCAGCAGGCCUCUGCACCUGACAUGAGCAGUGUGUUAGGCCUGCUCAAAUCAACAGGAACACCAAGCAGCCAAGGCUCGUCAUUACAACAGUCUAUUCAGCAUGUACUUGAUGCUGCCAAUUUUGUCCCACCAGGAGUGCCAACUAGUGAAGAUGUGUUACAACUGCAGCAGGAGGCAAAGCCUCAGGCACACCAUGUUCCACCAUCAUUGCCACCUGAUGCCGAAAGUGACCCGCUGAAGCAAGCUGUACUGCAAGCACUCAAUGCAGGGAGUAAGAAUGCCCCAGCAGAGCCCCCUGCUGAUCCAAACCCAUCACUGCAGCAGGGAUCACAAUUACAGACUUUACCUGCAGGGAUGUCAAGUGAUCUACCAAAGCCACUUCUUGAGGACAUAUCCUUGCAGGACUCGAUUCGUAAAGCACUGGAGGCCAUCAAGUCUGUGCCCGGGCUUCUUCCACAGGUGCUGCCAGCCGGGAUUGGCCAAGAGAAAGACUCUGUAACACAGGUCGAACAGUAUUCACAAUUACAACCUGAGCAGUCUGCACAGACUUUGGAACAUGAGAAGAGAGAUGUGCAGCCAGGAGUGCAGCACAUGUUCCCAAAAGAGAACACUGCUCCAGAAGUGACUCAUUCCAAACCAUCUCCAACUCAGCAACCCUUGCUCAAAAAGGAAGCAAAGCCAGCCAAGGUAGUUCAGUCACCCCCUGCUCCUAGCAACAAAGACAUGCCCCUACAACAACCAUUGUUGCACGAAGUGGAAACCACAUCGAAAUCAGGUCUUCCCCCAGUCAGUAAAGAUAUGCUAAUAGAACAGCAAUCAUCCAUAUUGGAGGCUGUCUCCAAAACUGUACCAGAAGUGUCCCAACCCUCAGCUCCGCCUACCAAGCCGCCUCAUUCAAUACUCAAGAAACCUGUACCACAGCCGGCUGACCAAGAUAUAUUUCCAAGCCAAGCUAAGAAGGAAAACAAAUCUAAAUUUCAGUCUCCUGCUACCAAGCCUGUGCCAAAAGAGCCCCCAUCUCACAAAGAGGAGAAGAUUUUACAGCCGCCAGUUCCUUCUAGUCCUAGCACUGCUUCUUCAUCUGUAGAAAGUACCCCAGUUACCAGGGUUGACAGUGCACCGAAGGUUCAAACGAUACUUCGGAAGCCUACUAUUGCUCCUAAAGUCAAGCCAGCAACAUCCAACAUAGACGGCCCCCCGGAGGUGAAGCCAGCACCCACUACCGCUGCCCUGCCCCCUCCACUGCCUAAAGUGAAUGCAGCACCGGAGGUAAAUCUCCCGCCUCUUCCCCCAACGGACCAGGAUGACCGCGUAAAACCUGCCCCACCAGCGGCCCAGCCAGCGGCCCAGCCUACGCCUGAUGCAGACUUUCCACCGCUGCCCCCUUGUGACCAAGACUUGCGUGUGCACCCUCCACCCUUGCCUCCACCCAGCAGUGCUGCUCCACCCCCACCGCCAACCACCUCGGCACCUCCCCAACAAACCCCUUACCCCAGCUGGACAAGCGACACGCCCGCCACGUCCACGGCACAGCCCCCUGCCCCUCCCCCUGCACCACCACCGUUUGAUAUCACCAAACCACCACCACCCCCUCCACCGCCCCCUAGUGAUGACGAAACCCAACCUCCUCCCCCUCCAGCCGAUACAGCCCCGCAGCCACCACCUCCACCAGUAUCCACUGCAGCCACAUCAGCCAUGUAUCAGCCCUAUUACGACCCUGGUACAGGUAUGUACUCCCAAGCCUACAUGCAGCAGUACCCACCCCCAUCCAUGGGAGGGUAUGACUGGGCAGCUGCUGCACAGUGGUACAGCCAGGCCAUGGCAUACUCCCAGGGAUACAUGCCAAAUAUGGACACCACCAGCUGGGCUGGGACUGGUUGGCAGGACAACAGCUCCAGUGCUAAUUGGCAGACGGACGUAUCACAAGAAAACAAGGAUGGCAUGCCAGCUGAUAACCAGAUGGGGGGACCACCUGACAACCAGAUGCCUAACAACCAGAUGGGUGGACAACAAGGCAACAACCAGAUGGGUGGACAACAAGGCAACAACCAGAUGGGUGGACCACCUGGCAACCAAAUGGGUGGACCACCUGGCAACCAAAUGGGUGGACCACCCGGCAACCAGAUGGGUGGACCACCCGGUAACCAGAUGGGUGGACUACAAGGCAACAAUCAGAUGGGUGGACCACCUGGCAACCAGAUGGGUGGACCACCCGGCAACCAGAUGGGUGGACCACCCGGUAACCAGAUGGGUGGACUACAAGGCAACAAUCAGAUGGGUGGACCACGUGGCAACCAGAUGGGUGGACCACCAGGCAACCAAAUGGGUGGACCGCCAGGCAAUCAGAUGGGUGGACUACAAGGCAACAACCAGAUGGGUGGACCACCUGGCAACCAGAUGGGUGGACCACCCGGCAACCAGAUGGGUGGACCUAACAAUCAAAUGGGCAUGCCUGGUAACAACCAGAUGGGAAUGCACCAAGGUGGUCAGAAUGUAGGACCUGGUAACAACUGGCAGAACAGAGGAAGACCCACUGACUGGGCUGGACCAGGUGGUUUCCAGGAUAGCGGAGAAGGAGGCUGGACAGACAACGAUGGUCCUUGGCAGAGGAACCAGGGCGGGAGGAGGCCAGGCCAAGAGAAGGGCCCGAAAAGGGGCAUCUUAAAAAGGAAAAAUCAGCAUGAUGACUCUACAAUCUCAGCCAAUGAGACCCCUCUUGGCCCUCCACCUGCCAAGUUAGCUGGAAGGUUUGGCGGAGCAGACCCAGGUGGAAGACCAGCACCCUUCCCACCCGGACCACCUGAUACUGCACCUGAAGGACAGGAAACAUUUGGUUCUGUCCAGGCUGGACCGUCAGAUGACAACAUGGACCAGAUGUGGAACGACUUCGAUAACGAGGUGACCGUCUUAGAGCAACAACUCAUCGCCCAGGGAAUCAAGAAGAAACCUGGAGAUAAACAGGAUCAGCCCAACCUACCCGACACGCGAGAGUUGGUUAUCCAGUCCCUGGUACAGAUGGGCAUGCCUACUCCCACAGAGGAGGCCAUCCAAAAUGUGUUACAGAACAGUGCACUGGUCAAACAGAUUCAACAGAUCUACAUCGCAUCCACAGCAGCAGCAGCUGGCAAGGAUGCCGCAAAACCUACACAAGAGCCUCCGGUGCCCGUGGAGGCCAGCAUAGAGGAGCGCGAGGCCGCCAUCGAGCUGCUGAUGAAGCUGAAGCAGCCAAUCACAGACGAGAGCAUCGAGAAGAUCCUGCAAGACGCGGAGGUGAUGCAGUACAUCAGGCUGCAGGUGGAGAAGAAGCGGGCCCUGGAGGAGGCCAAACAGGCUGUGGCGGCCAAGAAGGGAGCCUCCCUGGUGGAUGUGGACUACAGAAGGAGACCUGCCCACGAGGAGGACUACAGGAGGACUCCUCCUAUACCUGACAGGCCUGGUGACUACAGGAGAAUGGCCCCUGGCAUGAGGCCUGAGGACCCAGGCUACGGCUAUGAGAGAAUGAGACCACAUGAAGGGCCCCCUUGGGGUCGGGGUCGCCCACCUCCCCCCAGGGGGAGGGAGGGCGAUAUGGGGCUCAGGGAUGAAUUCGACAGAGAAGAGAAAGCUGAAAAGGCAGAGGCCCCAGGUUCAAGAAGGGGAUCGUUCUUUAAACCUGUAGAGGCAGCAAAGAGGGACACUGUUGCCGCUCUGUACAACAUCGACAAAGAGAAGGUGAAGGGGUUCAGUACAAAACUGUUAGAAGCACUGAAAGGAGCUCGUGAGAAGUUGGGAGAAGGAAAGGAAGAGAAAGAUGACCAUUUUUCCAAGCAGCUGACGGUUGCAUUCACCGACCUGAAACUACAGGAGGAGAUGCAGAGUCUUUUCCACAGCUGCCACCAAUCCCAGGACUCCAAGGAACAAUCCCAGGAUGCCAAUGGAGACUCUCUACAGUCUACCCAAGUGUCAAGCACAUCAGAGCAAAGUGCAGACUCACAGGGAAAUCUUGGGAUAACUCAGCAAGCCAUCGUGGCUUUCACCCAGGCUCUGACACCUCACCUGAAUCUUCCAGCACUCCUGACAGGGCAGGUCGCUCAAGAUGAGUCAACCUGCAAAUCAGACACCAAAGAAGGAGAGGGAAAUAAAGAAAAGACAGACUCAGGAGAUUCUCAAGAGGAAGAUGACAAAAAAGAGACAUCUGAGGGUGAAAGUUUGGGCCAGACUGAAGAAUCGGAUAAAGCAAAAGAAGAUCCUAGUAAUGAAAACAAGGAAACUCAAGAUAGUACUGGAGACUCAGAAACACAGACCCAGUCAGACACUGCCAUUAGUGAAGCUGCAGUUCAAAGCUUUACCUCAAAACUUAUCGAGCAGCUGUGUGUCCUGAACAAAGAGCUAGACAGUAAAGCCAGUGAAGACCUUGUCAAGCCGGGUCCGUCAGGGGAAGGCCACAGGGGGGGUCACGAAGGCAGGUUUCCACCAGAACGAGAUCCUUACUACCAGGACCGCUGGUACGCCCCAGGACACGAGCGGUUUGGCAGAAGGGAUCCCGAAUGGGACGCAUACUACAGGGACAAUUACUACAGAGAGCAAUACUACCGGGAGAGAGAACUGUACUACAGGGAGAGGGGUGCCCGGUAUUCGGAACUGGAUCAACCAUAUGGAAGAGGGAGACUCCCUGGGGAUGAACCUAAGUAUGCACGUGAGUGGGAGGAGUAUGAAAGACGGCGUGCUCUUGUCAGGAGAGGGAACCCGUUGUUGGACAGGAGGUAUGAAGAUCACUCAAGGUCAAUGUCUCCUGCAGCAGGGAGGGCAGCCGGCUCUCCUGCAUUAGGUCAGAGGUCACUGUCAAAGUCACCAGUGAGAGAACUGCAGAGGAGGUUGGGAGGGGAGGAGACUCGUGGGUCCCUGACGUUUGAAGUGUUCGAGUACAUCACUGAAUUUGACAAAGUAGGAAAAGAAGGUGACAGAAGAAGGAUGGACGGUGAUAAAGACAGGAGAUCAGAAGAGCGAAGGUCAAGAGAGAGAAGUGACAGCAGGAAUCGAGACAGAGGGAGAAGUCCAAGUAGUGAUAAGUCAAAAUCGCCAAAGGAGGAUGACAAACCCAAAGAGCACAGCUUUGCCUUCAAGAGGCAGCAGCUGAAAAGACGCGCCAUGCAGUUCCUACAGGAAUAUGUCCGGGAGAAGGGACACAGCAUCAGCGUGGUCGUCCUCAACACCGUCACCCAGAACGAGGAAUUCUUGCUGGAAUUCUGUGAUUUCCAGGACGGAAUCAUGAAGAAGUCGCAGUUCUACCAGCGUGUGCAGGACUAUGUGGAACUUGCCGACAUCAAGAUGUCGCUAAGCAAGAAAGGCAAGAAGUUUUCCAGCCUUGCCAGGGAUGCUGACGUCGAGGACAUUCCAGAGAAAACGUUUGGUCAGCCGCCAAUGCAGAUUCCGGGGGAGAAGAAGCCUGACAAUGCUGAUUCUGAUUCCGAGUCGGAAAGUGAGAUUGACUCCUUACGGCGACAAAAGCAACAGCUAUUCCAAAAGAGGAGCAACAUGAUCAAGGAACUGAGCCGGCUUCGAGACCGUUUGGACCGGUCACUGGACGGGGAGGAAAAGGCUGAACUGGGGACUCAGAUUCUAGAAAAGGAGACAGACUUACAAAAUGUAAAGGCAGAGAUUGCAAAAAUAGCGGAAGCAAUGCAGGAAAAGGAAAGAUAGGAACUAAGAUAUUCCGUCUUACUUUACAUGUACCUGCAUGCAGAAUGUAAGUUUUGUAGCUACAAUAAUGAAAUGAUGACUUGCGUCCCCCAUGGAAUACAUGUACAUGUAAAAACCUGUUUAUCUUGACAGGUAAACUUUUCAUGUAGCUGAUAUUGAAUAAAUAGUUUUGAUACUAGUAUUACAAGAGGAAUGUCCACAUUUUGCCUCAUGUCAUAUUUCAGUAUUUCCUUUUCAAUGGUAUUAUACUUUCUCCAAAAGAGGACUGCUGGUUUGAGGUGUAAGAAAGAUGGGAUACUGACAUCACCAAGACUGUUUGAAAUGUUGACAUUUACUGUUUGUACAAAAUAUCAAAUUGUAAGAUCAAUUUCAAAAAUCAACACCUCUCUUGUCAUAGCCGAAAGAAAAAGGUAAAAAUUGUAGACAAGAAUGUGCCAAUGUAUUUUGGUCCCAGCUUGUAGAAAUGCAGCAGGAGUUAAUGAAAUAAGCGAUGUGGAUCAAAACAGCACCCUUUCUGUUCUGUCAGAGUUUUGCUGUUUGUUGGGGUUUAGAUUGAGAUUAAAAUGUCAGACAGCAAACAGCCUGUGCCUUUUCAUAACUGUCCUUAUAUUCAGU